GGACUUGGCGGAUAGGGCAGGCCGUGUAUUGUAAACUCAGCCAAGGAGCAACUACCAGACUACAAAUGUACAAACAUGUCAUGUUGCUUACUUGAAUGAAAGAGAAUCGCUUCGACCUCGGCCUCCCUGAUAAGAUCCAACUCCGAGGAAUUGUCGGAAAUCCUCGCUGGUUCUUCCUGCACUUGCACCUUGAACUGAAACGGACCUGCAGGUGUAAAAAUGAAGGCGAAUCGCCUAUUGAGGGCAUGUCUCAUCUUGUAUUUCUUUGUUGCCGCUGCUAGAAGCAGUGAUACCUCACGACGCGUCGGUGCAGCGAAACGACCCCACGUAAUAUUGUUCGUCAUUGAUGAUUUGGGCUGGAAUGACGUUAGCUACCAGGGUGCAGAGUUCAAGACGCCGAACAUCGACAAGCUGGCCAACUCUGGAGUCAAGCUGGACCAGUACUACGUGAAUCGGAUAUGCUCGCCAACUCGCUCGUCCAUCAUGGCCGGUCGCUAUGCGUACAACAUGGGCCUGGAUGGUCCGGUCAUUGGAAACGGUCAUGCGUAUGGCUUACCAUUGAACCACACGACGAUCGGCGAUGCGUUCAAAACAGGCGGCUAUAGCACCCAUGCCAUUGGCAAAUGGGACCUUGGUAUGUACAACUGGGAGUCGACGCCGACCUACCGUGGAUUCGAUACGUUCCUGGGCUUCUACAACGCCGCAGAGGAGUACUUCACACACACCUGCUCCAUUGCCUAUCACUUUCCCGGCACAAACACAAGCCGCCUGCGUGCGCUGGACUUCCGACGGAACAAAGCACCGGAGUGGAGCUUGAACGGGACCUACAGCACCAAUGCCUACAGCCAAGAAGCAGUGGAUCUGAUCAAGGCGCACGACAAGUCGGAGCCGUUCUUCAUGUAUCUGGCAUACCAGGCUGUCCACGGCCCGCUGGAAGCACCGCAGCACUACAUCGACAUGUGCAGCGAUAUUGCAGAGCCACGACGUCAGGUCUACUGCGGUAUGGCCAAGGCACUAGAUGAGGGCAUAGGUAACAUCACGCAAGCACUGGUAGAGGCCGGCAUGUGGGACGACACGCUAAUAGCGUUCACCACCGACAAUGGCGGACAAAUAGCGUCCGGCGGUAACAACUGGCCGCUGCGAGGUAACAAGGCGACGGUGUGGGAGGGCGGUGUGCGCGGUGUUGCCUUUGUAACCGGAGCGGGUAUUGAGCACCCAUCGACUACAUACAAUGGUCUCAUGCAUGCCAGUGAUUGGCUGCUUACUCUGGCCGAAGGUGUUGCUGGUCUGAAUGUCACCGUCAAACAGCAGCUAGACGGCAUGAACAUAUGGCCAGCUAUUCUUUCCAACACAACAUCACCGCGCCACGAGAUCUUGCUGAGCCUCAUGCCAGCACGGUAUCCGACACCAGAUAAGCCGCAUGCUCGGAUCUUUCCUGGAACAGCUGCUAUCAGAGUGGACCAGUGGAAGUUGAUCAUUGGUAUGCCAAAUUGCUCACUGACGCCACAUCCGAGUACCAAUAUGUCAGAUGACAUGUGCCCAUCUGGGUGGGUGCAUCCGAGCGCGAUUGAGAUCCCACCACCAGCCAACCCCUCGCUGGUGUGGUUAUUCGACAUGGAUGACGAUCCACUGGAGAAGAAUGAUGUUCACGAGCAGCACCCAGAUAUUGUCGAGAAGCUGAGGCAGCGCAUAGAGGCAUUUAAUGCAACGCACAUCAAUCAAAUGCCACCGCCGGUCGACCCUGCGUCAAACCCAAACAAUUUCGGCGGGGUGUGGACACCGUGGAUAACCAACGGUGAAAGAUGACACACUGAGUCAUAUUAGCUGUGUGGACUAAACAAGUGUAACACUAUGGCUGCACAACACAACCUGUCAUAAAUUUUGUAAUGGUGGCAACGGCCAUGCAUAUACUGGGUCACAUGAUUCACAUCCCAAAUACAUAAUUCUCCAUAAUUUGAGAGGAUGGAUUACUUGAGCAGAAUACAGGAACAAGAAAUUAGAAAACCAAUUUGGACUUCAUAACACUUUGAUUUCUUCAACAGCAUAGACGCGUUACCUCUCUUUACAUACCUUAUCCAAUAAAUUCAGUAUUAUUUUCCGAUAAUACGCACCAUGGCAUGUGUCCCCGUUACAACUGCCUGGAACCAAUGAACAAUA